AUGGAGUGGCGAAGAGCUUCUCUGUUUGGUCAGCCGGGGAGACUGGCAGCGGCUUCCGCGCAAGAAGCUCUCGUUGCAGCUGGAAACAUUCCUUUCCAGACCAAGGGACAGAGGAAUGAAACAGCUUGUUUGGGUACGUUCGCUUAUUUCACAAUAAUGCAUCGCAAUUGUCCAAAGGCGGACGCUGCGUUUGUUGUUGUUCGACUGAACCCAUGGGUCGCCUUUAUGAGGCUUCGCAAGGAGAUUCCGCCUUGUUCCCUCCUCGAUAUUCUUGGUCACGAGUCAACAUUUUCGACUCUAAGUAGAUUAGCUCGUGCUGCUGCUGCUGCUUUGCUGCUGUUGCUGUUGGAAAACGACGACGACGACGAUGAAGAGGCUGACGACAACGACGACGACGACGACGAGGGCGUGACGACGACCAGAACGACGAGCACGAACUAUGGCUCGUUCAAGCGUUCUGCGCCGUCAGCCUAG